AUGGACCCCAUCAUCGCAACUGCUCUUGAUACCGCCCGGCAGCGGGGGGCGGAGUAUGCUGAUAUACGGUUGGUGGUCAACCGGGAGCAGCGGAUCGUGGUGCGGAACGGCGUGGUGGAGACCAUGACCGCCGACGAAUCGGUGGGUCUGGGUGUCCGCGCGGUAUAUCAGGGGGCUUGGGGGUUCGCGUCGACGCGGGAAUUGACCAGCGAGGCGGCCGACCAAGCGGCGGGGCAAGCGGUGCAGAUUGCCCGCGCGUCGGCCAGCCAAAACGGGUCUGGGCAGACCUCCGCCCAACUGCUUGGCGAUGCGGUGGCCAGUCAGGGGAGCUACACGACACCGAUCGGAACCGAUCCCUUCGCGGUGCCGCUGGACGAAAAGCUGGCCCUGCUGCUGGAAGCGGACCGGGAGAUGGCUGCGGUACCGCAAGUCACGGCGCGCAUGGCCAACGUGGUCUUCAUCCAGGAGGAGCGCACCUUCGCCAACACCGAGGGGGCGCUGGUGACCCAGACCAUCUACGAGGCCGGCGGGGGAGUGCAGGCAACCGCCGUGGGCAAUGGCGAGACCCAACGCCGCUCGUAUCCGCAGUCGCACGGGCGGCAGCAGGGAUGCGCCGGGUGGGAGUACGUCGUCGCGAUGGACCUGCCCGGCAACGCGCGGCGCACCGCCGAGGAGGCCGCCGAACUGCUCACCGCCGAGCCGUGUCCCUCGAACAUCAACACUGACCUGAUCAUCGACAGCAGCCAGUUGGCGUUGCAGAUCCACGAGUCCUGCGGCCAUGCGGUGGAGCUGGACCGGGCGCUGGGCGACGAAGCCGCCUUUGCGGGAACGUCGUUCCUGACGCCCGACCUGUUGCACGACUUCCGGUACGGGUCGGAGCAGGUCAACAUCACCGCCGACAGCACGAGCGUAACCGGCUUGGGCACCUUCGGUUGGGACGACGAGGGACUGCCGGCGCAGGCCACGGACAUCAUCCGCGACGGGCAAUUUGUCGGCUACCUAAUGUCCAGGGAGUCGGCGACCCGGCUGGGUCUGCCAUCCAACGGAUGCAUGCGGGCGUCCUCGUGGAACCGCAUCCCCCUCAUCCGGAUGACCAAUGUCAGCCUGGAGCCGGGGGAGUGGACGCUGGAGGACCUGAUCGCCGAUACCGACGACGGGAUAUAUCUCGAAACCAACCGCUCGUGGUCGAUUGACGACCGCCGGUACAACUUCCAGUUUGGCACCGAGGUCGGCCGGGAGAUCAAGAACGGCAAGCUGGGCCGAUUGCUGCGCAACUGCACCUACACCGGGAUCACGCCGGAGUUCUGGCGCAAUUGCGACGCGGUGUGCGGACCCCAGCACUGGCAGCUCUGGGGCACUCCUCGCUGCGGGAAAGGUCAGCCCGGUCAGAUCGCGCACACCAGCCACGGGGCGAGUCCUUCCCGGUUCCGCAACGUCCGCGUCGGCGUGAUGCGCUGA